AUGGAUUUUUUUCCAGUUUCAACAUUUCUAUUGCAACCUCCGAACAAUGGAACUUGUCCAGACAAACCUAACAAUAUUCCCCUUCAUUGGUGGAAUGUUGCAAUAGCCUCUUUGUUUAUUCUCGUCAGCGGUUUGAUUUCUUUAUGGCUAGGGUUACGUUUAGAGAGGUCUUUAUUAAUUAGUUCGGUUCGAUGUGUUAUACAAUUAACAAUUAUGGGCUUAGUCCUCGAAGAUGUUUUCAAAAUGCGCCAUCCGGCUGUUGUAUUAGGAAUGAUAUUUGUGCUUGUUUUCUUGGGUGCUAGUGAAAUUGUAUUCAACAAAAGCAAAAGACGGCAUAUGGGAAUGUAUGCAUCCGUACUAUUUUCGUUAGGAGCGAGUACUAUGUUGGUUGGAAUUAUGGGAUCUCGCUUUGCUAUGCAUCAAAUGCCAUUUUGGGAUCCUCAGGUAUUCAUUCCAACAAUGGGCAUGUUACUUGGGAAUUGCAUGUCUGCAAUAGCUGUUGCUGUAUCUUACGCGUUAGAACAAUUUAGUGAACAAAAAGAAAAAAUAGAAAUAUGUUUAGCUUAUGGUGCUACCAGAUGGGAAGCUGGACGUUCUGUUGCAGCGGAAGCAACCAGAUUGGCAAUGUUACCUACUAUUAAUGCGAUGAGUAUAAUAGGAUUGAUUUCCAUUCCAGGAAUGUUGACGGGUCAAUUAAUUGGUGGUGCACCUAUCAUGGAUGCAAUAAAAUAUCAGCAAAUUAUCAUGUUUAUGAUUUCUGCUUCAUCGGCUUUAGGAGUUCUUAUGUCGAUACUUGCUUGCAUCUUCAUAUGUAUUGAUUCCUCUCAUCGCUUACGCAUUGAUCGAAUAUCGAAAUCUAACCCUUGGAUCUAUGAAAAAUAUAAUGGUUUGAUUGCUAGUAUUAAACGUGGUAUAGUUAGACUUAAAAAUUAUGUAUGUUGCUGUUUUUUGAAAACAGAUAAACCUUCAGAUCAAAAUCAAAUUUUAUUAAACGAAAAUAUUUGA